GACAGUACAAUUUUUGACAGCCGAAAUGAAAUGUAUAAAGUAAAAAGCGAAGAAGGAUGUUCUGCAUUUUGUGGGAUCCUGAAAUAGUUACACAUGGAUGAAUAACUUUUGCUGUAAUUAAAGUGUCUUAAAGAAAGUUAGUUUAGUGUAAAAUUAGCGGUUGUGUAAAUAAUAAUUAGAAAAAUGAAUAAAAAGUGCGCUAGGUGCGAGAAAACCGUAUACCCUACAGAGGAACUAAAGUGUCUCGAUAAGACAUGGCACAAACCGUGUUUCAAAUGCAAGGAGUGCGGAAUGGCGCUUAAUAUGCGAAAUUACAAAGGCUUUAAUAAGGAACCGUAUUGCGAAGCUCAUAUACCAAAAGCAAAAGCUACAACUAUGGCGGAGACUCCUGAAUUAAAGCGUAUAGCAGAAAACACGAAACUCCAAUCCAAUGUAAAGUAUCACGAAGACUUUGAGAAGAGCAAAGGGAAAUUUACACAAGUCGCCGACGACCCGGAAACGUUACGUAUCAAGCAAAACAGCAAGAUAAUCAGUAACGUCGCGUACCACGGCGAAUUGCAAAAGAAAGCCGUCAUGGAACAGAAACGGACGAUCAACGAAAACGGGUAUAAAACUACGUCGACCGAUCAGGUGAACGCCAAUUCCACGCCGCCGCCAAUUGUGAACCCGAUCGAUCCGAUCCCGCCGCCAAUCGCCCACUCUCAGGUCGGAAAAAUAGCGGACUACGAACCGACGGUUGGCGCCAGUCCGUACUCCGCCGGCCGAAAUACUCAAACAGUAAUUUAUACGUCGGACCGAGGACCCGUGACCAACCCGCCGCAGAGACACAUAGGCUCGGUGCACGACAUAGAUCCACUGAACCACAAUUACGGAUCGUUGGGGCGCGUUUAUAGGGCCAUGUACGACUACGAAGCUCAAGACGACGAUGAGGUUAGUUUUCUCGACGGCGAUUUAAUAAUAAAUGUCAGCAGUAUCGACGGUGGAUGGAUGACCGGUGAAGUACAACGUACCGGACAAAUUGGAAUGUUACCCGCAAAUUAUGUACAGGUCGCCAACAUAUAAAAUAACUCGCUUUCGCACAAAUUUUUCAUAAAAUGGGGAAAUUGUUUUUAAUUCACUUACAUCCAUGAAAUUAUGAUUUCUGGAGCAUUACUUUUCGUAAAUAUUGUUAACGUUGACUUUUAUUUUCAAGCGGACUUGAUCAGUUUUUUUUAUUUUUUAGAGAAACGGCCAGAUGACGUUUCCAUUUCAUUUUUAUUUUUUUUAUACACGCUAUUUUUUUAUUAUUCUGAAUGGAUAAUAUAAAACUCACUCUGUGAUACAAAUGAUGAUAGAAAUAAUAGGGGUAUGCAGAAUCUGGUCAGUUUCUCCACACGUCACACAUCAACGAUGACAAUUUUAAACUGUAGUGUAAUAAUAAUAGUAAUAAUCGUGGGAUACAUCUGACUGCUUAUGCUUCAGGGUGCGCUGCACAAAAUACAUUCAAUUUAAUUUAAAUGCACAUUUUGUAAAUUUUUUUUAUUUUUGGUCUCAUCUACAGUAUUGUAUAAUGAAAAUGUUGAUAAAACAUUCCAGUUAAGCAUGUUUGUAAAUUUCCUCUGAGGACCUCGGAAAUGUAAAUUUACUUUGAUAGUUAGGUUCCUUUUGUAUGUAUUAGCGUUAAGUAUAAUGUUUGCAACCAGACGUGCAUUUAUAUUAUGUAAUUCUCCAUAUCGCAACGAAGAGACUUCCUUUAUCAUAUAGUGUACCUAUGACAGAAUCAAAAUAUUUACAGUUUUUACAUAUUUACAUAUGUAUAUAAUUUUAUAAAUGAACUUUUUACUUGACAACCAAAAGUGCCUUCGUAGAAAGUGAGUCAUAACGCACAGGCAUCGGAAUACAAUAUACAUACUGCUUAAUUGUUUAUACUUUGUUACCUUUACAUCACUAAAAAAAUCAUAAAUGCAGUCAUUUUUGGUUUUAAAUUAACAUAUUAAUAUAAUGUCAUGUUUAUUUAAAAUUUAUAUUUAAUAAUUUACCA